AUGGAUAGAUUCAAGUUGAUUAAGGAAGUUGGUGAUGGGACAUUCGGGAGCGUAUGGCGCGCUAUAAAUAAACAAAAUGGUGAAGUUGUGGCUGUUAAGAAAAUGAAAAGAAAAUAUUAUUCUUUCGAGGAAUGUAUGAGUUUACGUGAAGUAAAGUCUUUGCGGCGCAUGAAUCACCCUAACAUAGUGAAGCUCAAGGAGGUCAUAAGGGAAAAUGAUAUAUUAUACUUCAUAAUGGAAUACAUGGAGUGCAAUCUGUACCAACUUAUGAAAGACAGAGUCAAGCCUUUCGCGGAGUCAGAUGUCCGUAAUUGGUGCUUUCAGAUUUUCCAGGCUCUUGCUUAUAUGCACCAGAGGGGAUACUUUCAUCGUGACCUCAAACCAGAGAAUCUGCUGGUCAGCAAAGAUGUCCUAAAGCUAGCAGACUUUGGUCUAGCGAGAGAAAUUUCAUCUGCACCACCAUACACAGAAUAUGUGUCAACACGCUGGUACCGAGCACCUGAAGUAUUGCUCCAGUCAUCUGCUUAUGAUUCUGCAGUUGAUAUGUGGGCAAUGGGUGCCAUAAUGGCCGAGCUGUUGACACUCCAUCCUCUUUUCCCUGGCACAAGUGAAGCGGAUGAGAUUCUCAAGAUUUGCAACGUUAUUGGUUGCCCAGACGAGCAAACAUGGCCCCAGGGAUUGUCUCUUGCAGAGGCGAUGAAGUAUCAGUUCCCACAGAUCAGAGGCAAUCAACUGUCGGAGGUAAUGAAAUCAGCCAGUAGUGAGGCAGUUGACCUUAUAUCCUCUCUGUGCUCAUGGGAUCCUUGCAAGAGACCAAAAGCCGCGGAAGUUCUCCAACAUGCCUUCUUUAAGGAUUGUACUUAUGUUCCAGCUGCUGUCCGGCCAAAAGCUGCAGGUCCCCCUAAAACUCCUCCGGGUGUUGGAGUAAGAGGAGUUUCAGGACACAUUGCUCGGAGAUACUCCACUGGAGCUCUCUCCACAAGCAAACCUGCUGCAAACAUAUCUAUAAAACCGAGCAGCUUAUCUAAGAUCGGUGUGCAAAGAAAACUUCAAUUGGAUCGUCAGGCACCACAGAAGAGUACACGGCCCACUGAGAGUAACACCAAACAAACUACUAGUCGAGUACUGGCAAGGAAUAGCCCAGGGAACGCGAACCCGAUAUUAAGGCAUUCACGCAGUUUACCUGAAACUGGCCGGGCAACGGUUCAGAAGGUUUCGAGUAUCACCGAAAAGCUUGCUCAUAUGUCUGUGACCUCUCGAACACGCACGGCUGUGAAGCCCCCUGUCCCGCUGUUGAAGGCUGGGCAUCUCAAGUCAGACUUCCUCGGGAAAUCUGACGAAAUCCCUCCGGCAAAGAGAUUGACAAGAAAGUUGGUGAGCUAA